CAGCAACGCUAACCUCACCUUCUCUCCACUCAGCAACGAAGGCCAGUGUCUGUUGACAUGCAAGGCAACCACUUGGGAUGAUGGACACGUGGUGGUACAGGGUCCACUGGAGGCUUUUCCCGGCACGCACUGCACUACUGCAACUGGAGGCCCGGGAAUCUGCAUUAGCUCUGUCUGCACUGUGAGUUGACACGUUAAAAGAGCUGCUUUAUCUUAUACUGACGCACACACACGAGUCAGUUCGUAGAGGUUGCAAAAUGUCUGUUUUUAUUGCUUUCACCGUGAGACCUCCAACAGCUCACAGUUUUGAGUUAUGAGUCCAGAACACCUCACUCUGCGGUAGUCUCUAUUACUAUCAAUCGUAUAUAACACACACCCUCUCUGAAUAUUAAUCAGCCCAUCGGGUGCGAUGGACUGGCGGGCUCUACAAAAGCCGUCGACAAGUGUGGGAGAUGCAUCAGUCCAAAUCUCUCCAAUAAAGUCUGCUCCCGUAACUCUGGACCCAUCACGAAAAAUCCAACAACUGGUCAUGUGGAGAUGAUUAGGCUACCAGUUGGUGCCUCUACUGUGUCAGUCACCAACCACCUCCCUCCUCGUCUGGCAUCAAUUAUGGUUCGAUCGGAGACGGGGGAUUUCCUGUUCACGGUGGGCCCCCCGGGGCACAUUUUUGAGGCCGGGGGAACCGAAUUUGAGUACCACGUGUCAGUUGAAGGAGGCAACUUCACAGAAAGCCUUACGACCAACGGGACUCUUAAUAAUUCCAUCACUAUCGAGGUAUACAUACCGUCACAGAGGGUUGCCCCUUCAAUUAGCUAUGAGUACCACAGUUUGGAGAAUGUGGAGACGUGGGGUAGGACGGGGACGCGAGACAGGGGCCCCCCACUCCUGUCACCACCCAACAACAUUGACUGGUCGUACGGACCCUUCCUCUCCUGCACCGAAACCUGCACCACUGGUAUCCAGGUGGCCUAUGCGGUGUGUACAGACCUCGACUUCAAUAACCGUAUUCUGCCCGACAACUACUGCAGUGGCUCAGAGAAACCGACGCCCAUAGUACGCCACUGUGGGUCAGGGAACUGUGCACCCAGGUGGGUGACGCGAGACUGGCUCCCGUGCUCACAGACCAGAUGUGGUGUCGGCUCCCAGCAGAGACUGGUGCAGUGUAUGGUCCUGGAGGCCAAUGGACGAGACUCCAUGGUGACCGAUGACCUUUGUCCCCUGGCCUCCAAGCCUCGCCACGAGAGAGAGUGUCUUAUGACAGAGAGCACCGGAUGCGGCACAGAGUGGGAGGAAGACGAGUGGGGAGAGUGUUGCUCAACAGAGCCACUAGAGCGCCGUAUCCAAUGUGUUGAUUCAGGCGGUGCGGUCCAGCCUCCCUUCUUCUGCAGUCACCUCCACCGCAACUCUUCACUCCGUCCCUGUGAGAAGGGACCUUGUACCAACGGUGGCUGCUUCCUGGAUCCCCAAGAGAUGGUUCUCCUGUAACAACACGUGUGGAAGAGGCGUCCAGAAGCGGAACGUGAGAUGUCGUCGUAACUCUGACAACAAGGCCGCACCGGGGUACUGCUGUCAAGAGAAGCCCCUGCCUCAAUUACAGAG